CUCUGUCUCCUUCCCGCCAGCCAUGAUCCGUGGCGGGCUAAUUCCCAGACGGUCUUUUCCUUCUCUCUUCCUCCUCUUCUCCUCUUUCCUCCUCUUCUCCUCCUCCUCUUCCUCCUCCUCCUCCUUUCGAACAAGACGAGUGGACCACACGGGACCGACUGCUCCCCGACUUCCUUUGUGAGCCAGUGUGUGCGUGUGUGAGUGCAUGUGUGAGCGCAAGUGUGUGAGGUCAUGUCGGGCAUGACGAGUGGCGUGUGUGUGGAGAGCGACCUCUCCUCAAUGCUCCAGAGAAGCUCCGCCCCCUCCCACCAUCACCCGAAUCACCAUGUUUACGGCGGACAGGGGCAGGUGUCCAGUUUGGCUCCGAUGCUGGAUUACACCACGGAGAUGGACCGCUACCGUUCCUCCAUCGCCAACUUCUACAAAACCAACGUGAACAUGAACAUGAACGUCACCAACUUCCCCCAGUCGGCCAAGCUGGCGGCCCGUUUGGCGGCGGCCGGCCCCAUCUUCCCUCCCAACGCCGCUGCCAGGCUGGGCACGAUGACCACAGCGCCCUGGGGCUGCCACGACAACAUGAACAUGAACCACCCAGCCGCCAUGUUUUGGAGCCGGCCCAAACCAGUGGGAACCGCCCCAACGCAUCACCACCACCACCACCACCCCUCUGCGACGCAGGGUCACCUGACCUCCCCGCACUCCCACAGUACCAGCAUGCACCACGGCGGCGCGGGGUCUGGAGGGGGAUCAGGUGGAGGGAGUGGUGAGGGGGGAGGAGCUGAAAAAGAUGGACACACUGCCUCCUCACUUCCUGUCACACAGGGAUCGGCACACCAUCACCCCAUGGCGCCGAGCAACGCAAACUUUCUUCCGGGUUAUGGCGGUGGUGCGGAGUGCGGCAUCAUGAACAAGCAGGGACACGCCCACACAGACAUGAUGAGCCUAUCAGAGGGCGGCAGCUGCAAUGGGGGAGGGGUGAUGGGUAGUAGCUUCUUGGGGGGCCUGGGAUUACCACCUGGGGUCAUUGUCAUGGCCAUGGGGUCGGCAGGGGGCGGGAUCUCAGAUGCUGGCAGCGCCUUCCAGAUGACAGGCGGCCAGCGGGCGCUAACGGACUGCCAGCAGCACAACUCCUCCCCCUGCCCCUCCUCCUCCUCGCCCUCAUCGUCAGUCGUGACAGCAGGGGGCGUGGCCCUAUCUUCAUCGUCGUCCUCUUCAUCGGGGGCGGCGGCCAAGAGGAAGAGGAAGCGGUGCGGCGUGUGCGGGCCGUGCAGGCGGCUGAUCAACUGCGGCGUCUGCUCGUCCUGCCGCAACAGGAAGACGGGUCAUCAAAUCUGCAAGUUCAGGAAGUGUGAAGAGCUGAAGAAGAAACCAGGGGGAGGCGGGGGGGUACUUGAGCGGCCGCCUUCCGUCCCGACCGGCGAGGCCUUCCGUUGGUUCUUCUAGCUGUCCCUCCCUCCCUCCCCCCACAGAGUCGCGGCUCAACGCCGAACAGGAAGUCAACAUCGCAUAAGGAAAACAAAUCAGGCUUGAAAGACGUCAUUGGACGAACCUAUCUGGAAAUGAACCUGACGCUUUGAGGAAGGACUUCACUUUCAUCCUUUGUGAAAAUAAAAACUGCAAAUCCCACGUCAACCGGAACAGGGACGCAGCGAGGAGGAUGAGGGAGGAGGAGGGGACAGUUUGGUCAAAUAAAGGAGGAACUGGCCAAUCACCAUGGCCGUGUCCAGACGUUAGAAAGGCUAAAGCCAUGUUAGCAUUACAGAAGACUACAGUAAUCUGGUUCCAAAUGCAUUUAUUCUGUUGGCUGCAAUCUGCACCCUUACCACUAGAUGUCACUACAUCCUACACUGUGGUUCUGAUGUUCAUAUGGUCGGAGAAAGAACUGACCAAUCAGAGAUCAUUUUAUCUACAUCAGUGAUUUACACUUAAAAACUAAAUCUGAAAACAUAAGAUUUACAAACUUAUUAAAAGAUGUGUCCGAUAGGAUUCUGUAACGGCAGCUACUCAAUGUUACAGACAGUUUACAACCAUCAGCCUCAUCAUCACGAAAUGUGAAUCAGGAUAUUUUGCUAGAUGAAUACGACUCGACUGAAAAUCAAACAGAGCGUCAGCAAGGUCGAUGAUGACAGCUGAAAAGAUAAGAUGUUAACUUAUCCUAUGAAAAAAUAAGCAUCAAUGUCGAAGCCCUUUCUGAAAACCUCACCUCCUCAUGUUCAUACAGACACGGUCAACACGACCCCACCUGGAGCAACCUUCAUCACGUGGGAUCAAACUGUCGUCUUCUUCCUCCUCCUCCUCUCAGUGAACAGGAAAUCCAGCCGAAGCCAAACCAGGAAGUUUCAGGCCUCCCCUUUGACAGUAAACUGGACGACAGGAAAAACCUCAGCGCGAGUACGAACUGACCUCAGCAGGAAGUGAUCCAAGACUGUUAUUAAGGACUACAAGUUCACUGCAGUAGGACUUCAGUUACCACAUCACUGUUAUCUGUCUCUUUUGUCUACCUCCUCCUCGAGAACUUUAAAGGCACCUUGAUUGAGUUUGACCGGGUUGUGUACACGCGGGUACGACAUGAUCUGGUUCUUAACUACCGAUGGUCCAGAGCUGAUCUGCUUCAUCAUCCCUCCAUGUUUAUUUUAGUUUUUUUUAAUUCUCGGGUUUAUUUCAUUGCCUGAAGUGAAACGUCUGAAUCUCUUUUAUCCAUGUGGAUUUCACUGGAAAGUUCUCAGGGCGCAGUAACACUUCCAUUUGGUUUUAUAUAAACUAAAACUGACUGAAGCUCACGUUGUUGUAUUUUUGUAUCAUGGACGUUUUUAUCAUUUGUCUCUUCAGGAAAAAACAGAGACUUAUUGAUGAUUGAUUAUUGGCUUUGAAUUGACACGUCUGUUAAAACAUGACCCGAAGCUCGAAGAAAGUUCAGAACCAGUUUCUCUGCUCCUCUAUUAGUGGUGACCCACAGGAGAGUGCACCUGCAGCUGAAAUGCAUCAUGGGAGCUCGCAGGAAACUGUUGGAACUUCUGAGAUGAACCUCUGGACUGAAGGGAACUGAACAGAAUCAGAUCCAAGUCAUUUCAAAACAAUUUCCGUGUUCCGUUUUAACAAACUGAUCUAAUAUUUCACAGAUUGAAAACGCAACCUGUCAGCUGAUUGGACCACUCCGCAUAUUGAUGGAGAAAAUCUUUAUUCCAAAAUGUAACGUAGCUUAAAAACUUUACAUUACUCCCCCUAGUGGCAGGUUGUUGUUCUACCCCCUACACUAUACAUAAAGAUGGACGACGUAAAAAAAAAAAAUUGAUGUCUAUUUGGAUUUUUUUUGGUUUAGUCCAUGUCCCAUCUGCCAACAUAGAGAAUCUGUCAUGUCGUCCAUCUUUAGUUCCAGCCUGUUCUAUCCACGCGAAUGUUCCGCGUAAACUGAAAACGCUGUUGAUUACAUCAUCGAUUCCGACGUUAAUGAUCAACUGAGCGCCUCAUGAUGAUGUCAUCAUGGCGUCAGACUCUGCUCUCGCCGACAUGUUGGAAAUAAUGUUGUUUUUUUGGGGUUUCAUGAGGAAAAUGUUCACCUCUGCGUGGGAACUGAAAUCAAACGUCCCCUUU